AUGAAAGACCACUCAGGGGUGUACCUGGGGACAGGCAUAACUGUGACGCCUGAUGAAGAACAAAACUUGAAUCAUUAUGUACAAGUUUUACAGAACUUACUACUAAGUGUUCCCACUAAGGAGGAGCCAGGCCAUAAGCUAAAAUCAAAGCCUCCAAAUAAUGUUUAUUCCACAGGAUCGAAGGUAUCAAAAUUUAAGGAGAUAAUUACACAUGCAGAAGCUGUAAAUGAGAAUGAUGUUUUAAUCAAUCCCAUCAGUGAAGAAACUACAGCUUUCCCUACUAGCGGCUUCACACUGGAAAUAGAAAGGAAAAAACGCACUAAAAGUACAGCCUUCUGGAGGAUCAAGCCAAACAAUGUUUCUGUUGUUUUACAUGCAAAAGAACCUUAUAUUGAAAAAGACGAAGAGCCAGAAGUGGAUACGAAACCAACUAGGACAUCAAAGACAUUUUCACGUGUGACCGAUUUUCCUAGGAGGUCAGCUUUCACCACGCGUAUGCCACCGAUCGCCACCACGAAGGAAAGCACUGACUUUGGCGAACCCACAGAGCCAGAAGAUGUUCCUCAGCUCUCGGGUGCAUUUGAUGAAGAAAAGCUUGAAGCAUCUACAUUUGUGAAACAGCCACAGGGUUUGAAUAAUGAUGACAUUUUGAAAAAAAUUUCAGAUAUUCAUUCCCAGGUGCAACAGGCGCCUCUUCGUGACGACCUCAACAAAGAGUCUAGAGAGGACAUUCAGGCCUCCAAAGAUCACCUGAGACGAAGCAUUGCUCUGGCGGCAGCCGCGGAACAUAAACUAACCAAAAUGUACGAAUCGCAGAUCUUGCCGCUGGGACAGACUGGUGAUGAAGUCGGUAACCUUGAAACUGUUAUUAACAUGCUGUACAAUUCUAGAUCCAAGUUAUCUGAAUAUUUUGAUAUUAAAUAUGUUCCACCAGAGAUGAGAGAAAAAGCUAGUACAGUGUUCGCCACAUUGAAAGAAGUAUUAUGUGUAGGUCGAGAAGAAACUCAAAGGCUUAUUAGGAAGUUAAUAAAGAAUAAUAUAAAAAUUUUAAACUUACUUGAUACUCCAUGACUGCGCACUCAUUCACAGGAGAGAAAUAAGCGUUUUACUGAUUUCAAAGAUGUAGAAGAAUAUUUUCUAUAGUAGUUUAAUAUGCUAACAUCUUUACCUGUCAUGUGUUAUGCAAAAUUUUCAUUUGCACGAAAAAUCUAGUAAUUUAAAAUAAAAUUUUGUUCAGUAGAUUGUAGUUUUUCUCAUUAAUUUUAAA